AGACACCCUAGAGCAGGCAGAGCAGAGCCCUCUGGACUGUAUGAAGCUCGCUGCUAAGUUCGGGCUCCGUUCAAAACGCAGUCAGCCAGCCUACGUGAACUAACCAUGAGUACCUCAGAGUCCUUGGACCGAAUGGAACUAUGUGAAAGUCUCCUGACAUGGAUCCAAACAUUCGGAGUGGAAGCACCGUGCAAGACGGUAGAAGAUUUGACCGGGGGUGUAGUAAUGGCCCAAGUCCUUCAGAAAAUAGAUAUAUCGUAUUUCAAUGAUGCUUGGAUUAGCAGAAUCAAGCCAGAGGUCGGGGACAACUGGAGAUUAAAGGUCAGCAAUUUAAAGAAAAUCUUGAAAGGCAUUCUGGACUACUACCAGGAGGUCUUAGGUCAACAGAUCAAUGAUUUCACAUUACCAGAUGUCAACUUGAUAGGAGAGCACUCUGACGCUGCAGAACUUGGGAGAAUGUUACAACUCAUCCUGGGCUGUGCCGUUAACUGCGAACAGAAACAAGAAUACAUCCAGACCAUAAUGGUGAUGGAGGAGUCGGUGCAGCAUGUCGUCAUGACUGCCAUCCAGGAGCUUAUGAGUAAAGAGACUGCAGUCACCCCAGGAGGAAAUGACUCGUAUGUAGAUCUGGACAGAGAGUUGAAGAAGACGGUUGAGGAGCUGAAUGAUGCUUUGGCAACCAAGGAAGAGAUCGCUCAGAGGUGUCGUGAGCUUGACUUACAGGCCCUCCAUGCCCAAGAGGAGCGUGAUAGACUGAGGUUAGACUUAAAUGAACUAGAAGAGAGGGUAGCUGCUCUGCAAGAAGAGAAGAGCAGUCUGUUGGCAGAAAACCAGCUUAUGAUGGAGAGACUUCAUCAGUCUGACUCUAUUGAAGACGUAAACAGUCCUGCUGGACGAAAACAUCUCCAACUGCAGUCACAGUUGGAGCAGCUACAAGAAGAAUCUUUCAGGCUGGAGGCAGCGAAAGACGACUACCGGAUCCGCUGUGAGGAGCUUGAGAAAGAGCUCCUAGAUGUAAAGUCCCAGAAUGAAGAACUCACAGCUUUGGCCGAUGAAGCCCAGUCUCUCAAAGAUGAGAUGGAUGUCCUCAGACACUCAUCUGACAAAGUAUCCAAAUUAGAGGGAAUGGUGGAGCACUACAAGAAAAAACUGGAGGACAUGGGGCUGCUAAGGAGACAGAUUAAGCUUCAAGAGGAGAAGAACACCGGAUUGAUGCAGACUAAUGUCAGCUUGGAGGAAGAGCUUCGAAAGGCUAAUGCUACUAAGGGUCAGCUGGAGAGCUAUAAGAGACAGGUUGUUGAACUUCAGAACAGGCUUUCAGAAGAGUCCAAAAAGGCAGACAAGAUGGAGUUUGAGUACAAACGCCUCAAAGAGAAAGUGGACUCUCUACAAAAAGAAAAAGAUCGCAUGAGAACAGAGAGAGAUUCGCUGAAGGAAACCAUUGAGGAACUACACUGUGUCCAGGCUCAAGAGGGACAGCUGACAUCAAGUUUGUUCCCACUAGGGGGCAGUGAAGGAUCAGAUUCACUGGCUGCUGAGAUCACAACCCCAGAAAUGCGAGAACAUCUGAUUCGUCUCCAGCAUGAAAACAAAAUGCUGAAGCUGGCCCAGGAGGGAUCGGACAACGAGAAAAUCGCCUUGCUGCAGAGUCUACUAGAAGACGCCAACAGAAGAAAAAAUGAACUAGAGACAGAAAACAGAUUAAUCAAUCAGCGGUUAAUGGAGGAGCAGAGUCAAGUUGAAGAGCUUCAAAAGACUGUUCAGGAACAGGGUUCAAAAGCAGAUGAUUCAUCGGUUUUGAAGAAGAAAUAUGAUGAACACGUGGAGAAGCUUCAAGAAGUGAACAAUGAGUUAUUGAAGAAAAAUGCUAUCAUCGAUGAAUUGGAACCAAAGUGCAAUGCUAGCUCCCAAAGAGUGGAUGAGCUUGAAGAGGCGCUAAAGAAAAAAGAUGAAGAGAUGAAGCUUAUGGAGGAGAGAUAUAAGAAAUAUCUAGAAAAAGCAAAGAGUGUUAUUCGGACGCUGGACCCAAAGCAGAACCAGGGUUCCGGUCCAGAGGUUCAGGCCUUGAAAAACCAGCUGCAAGAAAAGGAGAGAAUGUUGCACACACUCGAGAAGGAAAUGGACAAGACAAAAAUCCAGCGAGACAACGAGGAGAAACUUAUCGUUUCAGCCUGGUAUAACAUGGGCAUGUCUAUGCAGAAGAAGGCGGCUGAAGACCGACUUGCCAACACCGGUUCCGGCCAGUCUUUCCUAGCUCGACAGAGACAAGCCACCAGCACACGCCGAUCCUACCCAGGCCACGUCCAGCCAGCUACCGUAAGAUCCAUGAGCAAUAUCACUGCAUGACUGGUACACCAGUGAGCUGCUCCUAGCCUUGUGUGGCCUGGCCUAGUCCCUCUUUGGCCUGCUCUGACUGUGGGCCUGGCUAGGCCGAGCAGCACCUGAUGCAUGAACCUGCCUGCAUACUGUUUGCAUGAGCUCUUACCUUAUUUAAAGCCUGCAAAAUAUGCGGUCCCUCUAUCAGCUGCAGCAGCAUGAGCACUAACAACUCCCCUUCAUUGUUACGCGUCAUAACCUGCAGGGAAAUCUGACGAACGAUUUGGGAUCAGAAAAAAAAAAA